GUGAUCUGACCGCAACCCCCUGUCUCUCCCUGGUUCCCACAUCCCAGGUCCCAGCCCAACCUUCAAGAGCCCCCAACCGCUCCAGAUCUCGCGCCUCCACCGCUGCAGAGUCCCGCCUCGACGCCGGCACCAUGAGUCGCGGCCGCCGCGGCCUCUUCGACGGCCUCCCAAUUCCGGCCGACAAAUCCUACCUGAAGGAAGGCCUGUCGCGGAUCGACGAGGGAUGGGCGGCGGCGCGGUUCGACUCGCUGCCGCACGUCGUGCACAUCCUCACCUCCAAGGACCGCGAGGGCGAGAUCCAGUUCCUCAAGGAGCAGAGCGAGCUCAUCGAGGACGUCGUUGACGAGGUCGUCCAUGCGUACCACCAUGGUUUCAACAAGGCCAUCCAGAACUACUCCCAGAUACUGCGGCUGUUCAGCGAGUCCGCCGAGAGCAUCACUGGGCUCAAGGGUGAGAUGGCAGAGGCCAAGAAGCUGCUUGGGAGGAAGAAUAAGCACCUUGGACAACUGUGGUACCGGUCCCUCACUUUGCGCCACGUCAUCUCCCUUCUGGAUCAGGUUGAGGACGUCGCUAAGGUUCCUGCUCGGAUUGAAAACUUGAUGGCAGAGAAGCAGCUAUAUGCUGCUGUGCAGCUGCAUGUCCAGUCAAUGCUGAUCUUAGAGCGAGAAGGUCUUCAAGCGGUAGGUGCUCUUCAAGAUGUUCGCUCUGAUCUAACAAAGCUGCGAGGUGCACUGUUCUACAAAAUUUUGGAAGAGCUGCAUUGCCACCUAUACAACAAUGGAGAAUAUAGCUUGGUGACUUUAAACAUGGUUGAUAGUGAGGAGGUACCAACUUCUAGUGCCACUGGCCGCUUAGGAAACAGCAUGCAACCCCUGUCCAGGAGAACUAGGUCAAUUAAAGGCGAAAAUCACUUUGGGGGACCAGCCAUUGCUGAUGGGAUCCCUAAAAGUAAUUCUGUUGAUGGAGGUUCUUCAUUUGAUGGCCCAGAUGACGACAGUAGCUUAGAUGGGCGUGGUCAGAAGAAUUCCAAAAGCGUUUCUCGUGAAAUCCCAAUUUUUCUUUCUUUCGCCACACCAGAUGAGUUCCUCGAAUCAAUGAUUAAGGCAGAUGCUCCCCUCAAUGUGAAAUACUUAAGAACAUUGGUGCAGUGCUUAUCCAUGCUCCGGAAGAUUGCAGCUGCUGGAGCUGUAAUAUGCCAAAGAGUUCGCCCAACAAUUCACGACGUUAUCACUUCAAAGAUAAAAGCAUAUGCUGGAGAGGCUUCAAAGUCCAAUAUAGAUAAGGUUGUAAACAGAACGACAUCUGAUGUGUCAAAUUCACAUGGACCUGUUGCCCGUUAUCAGCCCAAACAGAAAACGAAGAACACGGCAUCGGUGAUGGCAACACAACUAGUUGCUAGUCCCAUCUCUCCAGCUAUGGCACCCACAGGAGAUGCUCAGCGUGCAGCUAGUCAACUUCUUGGCUCAAUAUUUGAAUGUUUAGUAGACAUACUCGAGAACCAUAUUACUGUCGGAGAGCUUCUUGAACAAAAAUCAUCAAAUGAAGUUGACAAUUUAAGCACACCUCACAUAUCAAAUGGGGAUGUGAGCUGGAAUCCAGAUUCUGAAUUCUCCCAAGCUACUGGUGGUUUUAGUGUUGCAUUCUCUCUAUCAGUUGUUCAGAGUGAGUGCCAGCAACUUCUGUGUGAAAUUUUGCGGGCAACCCCAGAAGCUGCUACCGCUGAUGCAGCUGUUCAGACAGCCAGGCUUGCAAAUAAGGACCCAGCGAAGGAAAAGAGGGAUGGAUCAGAAGGUCUUUCAUUUGCUUUUCGCGUUACAGAUGCAGCAAUGUCUGCACAAAAUGAAGGUCAAGGAUGGCGUAGAAACUCAACUGUACCACAAGAAGGGUAUGGAACAGCUAGUGUUAUACCUGAUCAAGGGAUUUUCCUAGCCGCAUCGGUUUACCGUCCUGUCUUUGAGUUUAUGAAUAAAAUAGGAUUGAUGCUUCCUCAAAAGUACUCGCAGCUUGGGAAUGAGGGGUUAUUGACUUUUGUGAAUAACUUUUUGAAGGAGCACUUCUUGCCAGCGAUAUUUGUAGAUUACAGAAAAUGUGUUCAGCAGGCUAUAUCUAGUCCAGCAGCAUUUAGACCACGUGUCAAUGCAACCUCAGUAUAUAGUUCACUAGUGGACAAUGGGCGCCCUGUACUACAAGGGCUUCUGGCUGUCGAUAUCAUUGCCAAAGAGGUUCUUGGCUGGGUUCAAUUGAUGCCGAACUAUGCCAGCGAGCUAGUUGAGUAUGUUCGCACAUUUCUAGAGCGUACACAUGAAAGAUGUCGUGCAUCAUAUAUGGAGGCUGUUCUUGAGAAACAAAGUUAUAUUCUCCUUUCAAGGAGUGAUGUUGAAAGUUUAAUGCGCCUGGACCCUGCAAAUGCUUCUUUGCAAAAUUCUUUUGGUGAGCUUGAUAACAACAUUCCAGAAGCAGGAGUUGAAGUAGAGAUUGAACUAAGUGAUGUCCUAUUGGACAUGUGCCCAAUAAAACAGGAAAACUUGAUCCAUGAUGACCAGAAAUUAAUAUUGCUGGCAUCUCUUAGCGACUCGUUGGAAUAUUUAGCAGAUUCAGUUGAAAGGCUUGGCGAGUCAUUCAUAAGUCCAUCCACCACCUCAGAGAGCAACAAUCACGUCCACCAAGGUCGCCAUACUCGCUCAACUAGUGCAAUUCCAAAAAGCCUUGCAUCUCUUGCUAAUGAGUACAGAAGGCUAGCAAUUGAUUGUGUCCGAGUCUUGAGAUUGGAAAUGCAAUUAGAAACAAUAUAUCACAUGCAGGAAAUGACAAAAAGAGAAUAUGUAGAAGAUCAAGAUGCUGAAGAUCCUGAUGACUUUAUCAUCUCACUUACAACUCAGAUUGCACGUAGAGAUGAAGAAAUGGCUCCUUACAUUGCCGAAUCGAAAAGGAACUAUAUAUUUGGUGGGAUUUCUAGUGUUGCUGCUAAUGCGUCGAUAAAGGCACUCGCACAGAUGAAGUCCAUCAACCUGUUAGGAGUCCAACAAAUAUGCAGAAAUUCGAUAGCACUGGAACAGGCUCUUGCCGCCAUACCCUCGAUAGAUAGCGAAGCAGUCCAACAGAGAUUAGACCGUGUGCGGACAUUCUAUGAGCUAUUAAAUUUGCCUUUCGAGUCUUUGCUUGGAUUCAUUGCUGAACAGGAAUAUCUAUUUUCUGCGAAAGAAUACUUGAGCGUAUUGAAGGUCAAUGUGCCUGGUAGAGAGAUGCCAAUGGAUGCUGAAAGACGGAUCUCGCAGAUUUUGGGUCGUUAGAUUGAUUUCAGACAUGAUGAUUUUAGCUACAUCUGGUUGCAGACUCCUCACCAUAUAGCUGUAGUUAAUUUUGCUCUUUCUGGUUGGUUUCUUUCCUUUUAUUCAUCUACAGUAUAGGCAGUGUAUUCUUUUUGUGCCCCAUUCGUUGUAAAUUUGUAGUAUUUUAAACCAAACUCAGUUGCUGAUUCUUGUAAAUGUGUCAUCUCGAAUUUGGAUGCAACUUUAAUAAAAACUCUCUGAUUCAAGUUGUGCUU